UAAUUUUUCCGUGCUCAUGCACGGGUAUAAAUGUUUUUGAAGUAAAUAUACUAUAAUAAUUGAUUGCUAUUUACUUUUAAUUUUAAAUUUAUUUAUAAAAUUUAUGCAUCAUUUAUAUUUAUAAUAUUAUAUUACUUUAAUAAUAAAUAUGAUUUUAUAUAUGUUAUAUUUAAUCGGUUUUGUUGUUCUUACAAUCAAUUCAGUUAUCAUUUGCGUAAUUUGGAUUGCAUCUCUGAAUUCAACUAUAAUAUUUUUAUUCUAAAUAUAUUAAAAUUUUGAUUAAUUUCUUAUUUGCAUUUAUGUGGUUGUUGUCUUAAAUAUGUAAGUAUAUUUUAUGAAAAUUAUUUAUAACUUCAGAUAUAUUGUGUUUAGAAUAAAAAAUAAUAAAAUAAACUAAAGUGUCUGAUUUUAAAUUACAUAAAUUAAUAUAACGAUAAUAUUCUCAAGUCUCAUGCAUAUAUAUAAAUUUUAGAAAAAAACUAAAUUGGAACAGUUGUUUAAUAUUUUAUUUUCAUUUUAAUAUGUUUUGAGUUGUUCUAUGAUUUAUAUUUAUAAAAUAAAUUACUAUUGUUAUUAAAUUAUAUAUUCUUAUCAUAGUUAAAUCUAUGAUUUUAGAUAUAAGUUAGAUUAGUCGAAUCAUUCAUGCUGUGAGUAUAUUGAGUUACUGUUAUUCUUUCAAAUUCAAAUGAAAUAUAAUUACUUUUUAUUAUAACCAAGUCAAAUCAAAUCAAUUUUAUUUAUCGUUUAAACGUGCAUGUAUUUUCAUAAUAUUUAUCAAAUUAUAUAUUGAUGUUUUAUAAAAUAUAUUAGAAAAUAAAGUGAUGCUCAAUAGGAAGUUACAUACAUAAGUAGUUGCAUUUUUGAAAGCUCAUGAACACAUAUUAAUAUCUACAAUAAUUAAAAUAUUAUAUAAAUUCUAAAUAACUUUAUGCCUUUGAUUUAUUGAAAGGAAACUAAAAUUUAUUUUAAAUAAUAUUAAAAAUGAGACUUCAGAUUUGCUUUGAUAUUUUGAUUAUGGUUAUAUUAAGUUCCAAAAACAUAAAAUUUAAAAGAAAAUUUAAUAUUAAGAAAAUUAAUAACUUUAAGAAUGAUAAAAUAUAAUAUAUCUAUUUUGUAACUAUUUGAUCAAACGAUUUUUUUGUUUGUUUUUAAUAUCUCUUAAAAAUAAGCAGUAAACAAAAUUGUGAUUUUAUUUGAAAAUAAUAUUAUAUAAGUAAAAUUUAAUUUAUCGAUAUUUUUUUGAUGUAAUUGGAAGAUAUUAUAGUCGACAAAAUAUAUGAAAAAUAAAUAAAACAAUUCAAUAAUACUAAUUAUAAACUAUUUUUAGUCAAUUAAACAUACAUCAGUUUAUGUUUCUCAAUUAUUUUAUGUAAUCUUCUAAGAAAAUAGAUAGAUAUAUAAAAAUACUUCUAUUAGUUUGAAUUUUUUUUUGUAUUGUUUAAAAUUAUGUUUUAAAAGAAAUGUUAUUUCUUUUUCUAAUAUCAAGAUUAUCUGUGCAAAUUUUUCUUAAUGAAAUCACAUCAUAUACAAAUUUAUGUUUUUCAUCUAAGAAAAUAUAGAUAUAAAUAAAGUAUUUUAUUAUUUCAAAAGUAUAUUUUAUGUUAUUUAAAAAUAUUUUUUAAAUGUAAUAUUACUAUUUUGUGAACUUUCCUUUUUUUUGAAAUCAUAUUAUAUAUACAUAUAUUUUCGUUUUCAAUUUGUUUUUUUUUUAACUUUAUAAAAAAAUUUCCUUUUUUAUUAUAGGUAUAUGUUUUUGAAAUUUUUUUUAAAGGAAACUAAAUAAAAAAUAAAAAAUAUUAUUUAAUAUUUUAAUUCAAUAAGGGUAUCAGUAUAAUCAACCAUUGUGAGAGUUAAUAUGAGAUCGACACAUAGGACUGACUUCUCAAAUAAUAUUAUAGAGAUUGAAACUAAUGAUUCAACUUAAAAUCAUGGAAAACUUGACAUAUCAACAAAAUUAAUUUUUAAAUAAUAGUAUAUAUAUCAUAAAAGAAAAUACCAUUAUAAUUAAGAAAAGAAAGAGAGAAAAACGCUCUGCGGCGACUGCGAUGGCGACACAUUAGGUUUCUAUGAUUCAACGACGGUGGAAACCUGAAAUCGACCGGGAUUUCCAGAUCGACACGGUAUCGGCUCAUUAUAAUCAAGAUGGAAAGUUUGGGAACCAGGGAAGGAAUUGGGGAAAAAGAUCCGUAUCGGAUCUGCGAGGGUUUUUGGCGAAUCAUUACAAGUUGGAAAUCGAUUUGCGAUCUCAAUCUUCACUAAAUCGAAUCCCUCACAAACCGAAGAGCCAACUUAUUGGGAGUUCUGGAGAUAUAAAAAAUGGUGAAGGGGCGCGAAAGAGAUUGAAGAUAUCGGUCCCUCAUUUCAACAACUCGGAUCUAAUCAAGGGCUAUUCCAAAACAUUAAUUGGAAGAUGCAUGAACCCUGCGGAGCAAAAUGUCAAGUUCUUGGUGGGGACGCUUCCUAAAAUUUGGGGAUUGGAGGAAAAAGUAGUGGGUACUGACUUGGGGCUUGGGAGGUUUCAGUUUGACUUUGAUGCAGAGGAAGACAUCGAAACGGUGCUGAAGAUGCAGCCAUUUCAUUUCGACUACUGGAUGAUUUCCCUGGUUCGUUGGCAACCAAGGAAGUCUAAAAACUAUCCCUCAGAGAUCACUUUCUGGAUCAAGGUUUUGGGAGUGCCUUUGGAGUUCUGGGAAGCUCCAACUUUCAGGAGCAUAGGUGAUGCAAUUGGGGUCACAAAGGAGGUUGACUUGGAUUAUGGUAGAGUCCAAGUGGUGGUUGAUGGGUAUAAGGAACUCACGUUUGAGACGACGGUGGAUUUCAAGGGAGGAGAGUACUAUGAAGAAGAGGAGGCUCCAGUAUCCUUGCGGUAUGAAAAACUGUUUGGUUUUUGUGAAACAUGCUUCAGCCUGUGUCAUAAGAUGGAGAAGUGCCCACUGACCAUAGCUACCACGGAGAAGGCGGUGGAGAUAAGGGAUGAUGCUGAGUGUGGUUUAAAUGAUCGCGCUCGCAGCUACAAAGGAGUGGUCAUAAACGGAAAUGGAGGGCAACAAGAUCGGGGAAGAGAGAAACGUGAGUAUCAAGGGAAAGGCAAGGGGAAAAUGUUUGAGGAGACGGAUUCAAAGUGGGUCAGGGCUGCAGAUAGGGAGUCUAAAGCUUCUAAUCACAAAAACCAUCGUAAUGGCCACCGUGGUGAUGAAGGAAACUCUCGUUACAGGAACUCAAGAAGGGAGCACACCAGGACUCAUCAUCAAGACGAUCGCUCAAGAAAUAUUGCAGGAACGAGAGGUGAGAGAGUACCUCGCAUUGGGUUUCAACCGGAAGGGCUGGAGGAGGGUGAGAUCAAAGAGAAAGAGAUGGAGCGAUCAAUUCAAAUGGAGGAGAAGGUACCAGAACGGACGCAGCCCUCACAAGCAUUCCUUGAUGCGCUAAUGGCGACACAAGGAGAACUAUCUAAGGUAUUACCGAACCCCUCUAGUGGAGAACAAGAGCUAGGUGUAGAGCUAGGUGUGGAGAAUAUGGAUUUGGGUAUAGUAGACGGGAAUAAUGUAGAGACUGAUGGGAAUCUGGGUUUAGCGGAAAACUAUAUUGAGGAUGCUAGUUUUGGGAAUCAUAAGAGUAUGGGAGAGGACGAGGUUCAGAUGCUUAUUGAGGAAGAGAUAGAGGAAGAGGUUAAAGCACAGGUGGUUAUAACUGAGGUGCUUGAGGAGAAGAAGAAGUUCGAGGACAUGGAUGGGAAGGAUGGAGUCGCUGGGGAGGUGGAGAAGAGACAAGGUGUUCGUAAAAAGGUGGUUAAGCCGUCUGUAGGAGCUGCAGCUUCUAAUAAAUUGAAGAUGGCUCAGUUGGUGACGGCAAAACGUGUGGUAGCCAAACCAGGCAUUCGUCAUGGUGAUCACUCUAAGCAGGGGGAGGAUAAGGGUACAUCAGGUCCAAAACAUGACUCUGCAAAGCAAGUAAAAGAUCCAUGAAUACAAGCAUAUGGAUAGAAAAGUCACUUGGGCAGGUUAUGAUUUAUGGUUUUAUUUCAGUUUUAAUAAGCUCUCUGAGCAUUUAUACUUGGUGUUUUUUGGAUUCUUGUUGGUUUUAUGAUUGUCUCUUUUUAGUUUGUUUUGUGGAAUGGUUCUGCAUUAUGAUCUCUAAAUGGAAUAAACAUGGUUUUUUAGAGUGUUA